GUGGAGGAGGAGGAGGAGAACGUGGAGGAGAAGAAGUGAAGAAGAAGAAGAAGAAGAAGAAGAAGAGGUAGUGUAGCAGGACAGGCGACCACAAGGACACACAACCAGGAUACAAAGCACCAGCCUACGCUUCUCCAGUCUCCUUUUUUUUUUUCCAAGGAGGGCAUUUUUCUUUCCUUUUCCACCCCCGUUUUUCCCCUGUGGGAUCCCGGGUUGGGGUCCACCGCCACGGCCGCAGAACUUGUCCGGGAUCCCAGGUGAGGCGCGCGUGUGUCCGCCAUGGCUCACGCCGCCUCCCAGCUGAAGAAGAAUCGGGGGGAAGUGGAUGUGAAUGCGUUGGAGGACGAGAAGGAGAAGCGGAGGAGGAGCAGGAGAGCCAUGUCCCGCGAGCAGAAGAGAAAGUCUGACAGCAAUGCCAGUUACCUGAGAGCUGCCCGGGCGGGAAACCUGGAGAAGGUCCUCGACUACCUCAAGUCCGGCGUUGAGAUUAACAUUUGCAAUCAGAAUGGCCUGAAUGCGCUCCAUCUGGCCUCCAAGGAGGGACACGUGGAGGUCGUGGCCGAGCUGCUGAAACUAGAAGCCGCCGUGGAUGCAGCGACUAAGAAAGGAAACACUGCCCUGCACAUCGCCUCGCUGGCCGGACAAGCGGACGUGGUCAAAGAGCUGGUCACCAACGCAGCCAAUGUCAACGCACAAUCCCAGAAUGGCUUCACUCCUCUCUACAUGGCGGCCCAGGAGAACCACCUGGAGGUGGUGCGCUACCUUCUGGAGAACAGCGCCAGCCAGAGUAUGGCCACCGAGGACGGCUUCACCCCCCUGGCGGUGGCCCUCCAGCAGGGUCACGACCAGGUGGUCUCCCUGCUGCUGGAGAACGACACCAAGGGCAAAGUGCGCCUGCCCGCCCUGCACAUCGCCGCCCGCAAGGACGACACCAAGGCGGCGGCCCUGCUCCUCCAGAACGACCACAACGCCGACGUGGAGUCCAAGAUGAUGAAUAGAACCACAGAGAGUGGCUUCACCCCACUUCACAUCGCGGCCCACUACGGCAACAUUAACGUGGCCACGCUGCUGCUGAACAGAGGAGCCGCCGUAGACUUCAUGGCCAGGAAUGACAUCACGCCGCUCCACGUGGCGUCCAAGAGGGGCAACAGCAACAUGGUCAAGCUGCUGCUGGACCGAGGCUCCAAAAUAGAUGCCAAGACCAAGGACGGCCUGACUCCUCUUCACUGCGGAGCGAGGAGCGGCCAUGCCCAGGUGGUAGAAAUCCUGCUGGAUCGAGGAGCUCCGGUUCUGUCCAAGACCAAGAACGGCCUGUCCGCGCUGCACAUGGCCACUCAGGGCGACCACCUCAACUGUGUGCAGUUCUUGCUGCAGCACGACGUCCCCGUGGACGACGUGACCAACGACUACCUGACGGCGCUGCACGUGGCCGCCCACUGCGGACACUACAAGGUGGCCAAGCUCAUCGUGGACAAGAAGGCCAACCCCAACGCCAAAGCCUUGAAUGGUUUCACUCCUCUGCACAUCGCCUGCAAGAAGAACCGAGUCAAAGUGAUGGAGCUCUUGCUCAAACAUGGAGCCUCCAUCCAGGCGGUGACUGAGUCUGGCCUGACGCCCAUCCACGUGGCCGCCUUCAUGGGCCACGAGAACAUCGUACAUGCCCUCACCAACCACGGCGCUUCACCCAACACCACCAACGUGAGGGGCGAGACAGCCCUCCACAUGGCAGCCCGAGCGGGCCAGGCCGACGUGGUCCGAUACCUGCUCAAGAACGGAGCCAAAGUGGAGACCAAGUCCAAGGACGACCAGACGGCGCUGCACAUCUCCAGUCGCCUGGGAAAGGUGGACAUCGUGCAACAGCUGCUGCAGUCCGGCGCCUGCGCCAACGCCGCCACCACCUCAGGGUACACGCCUCUGCACCUGGCGGCCCGAGAAGGACACCAGGAUGUGGCCACCAUGCUGCUGGAGAACGGAGCCUCCAUGUCCUCCGCCACCAAGAAGGGCUUCAGUCCGCUGCACGUGGCAGCAAAGUACGGCAAGAUGGAGGUGGCCAGUCUGCUCCUGCAGAAGAGAGCCGCUCCCGAUGCCGCCGGCAAGAGCGGCCUCACUCCACUGCAUGUCGCCGCUCACUACGAUAAUCAGAGAGUGGCGCUGCUGCUUCUGGAUCAGGGAGCGUCCCCGCACGCCGCCGCCAAGAACGGCUACACGCCGCUGCACAUCGCCGCCAAAAAGAACCAAAUGGACAUCGGCACCACGCUGCUGGAGUACGGCGCCGACACCAACGCCGUGACGCGGCAGGGCAUCAGCCCCAUCCACCUGGCGGCGCAGGAGGGCAGCGUGGACUUGGUGUCGCUGCUUCUGGCCAAGAGCGCGGCUGUCAACAUCUGCAAUAAGAGCGGACUUACGCCGCUCCACCUCGCCGCUCAGGAGGACAAGGUCAACGUUGCGGAAGUCCUCCUCAACCACGGCGCUGACGUCAGCCCACAAACUAAGAUGGGCUACACGCCGCUGCAUGUGGCCUGUCACUAUGGCAACGCCAAGAUGGCCAACUUCCUCAUGCAGAACCACGCCAGAGUCAACGGCAAAACCAAGAACGGUUACACACCCCUGCACCAGGCGGCGCAGCAGGGCCACACCCACAUCAUCAACCUCCUCCUCCAGCACGGCGCCUCGGCCAGCGAGAUCACCACGAAUGGCAACACGGCGCUGUCCAUGGCCCGUCGCCUAGGUUACAUCUCCGUGGUGGACACCCUGAAGCCUGUGACGGACGAAAACCUCAACACUGUGAGCACAGCCGAGAAACACAAACUCAACGUCCCAGAGACCAUGAACGAGUUCCUGGACAUGUCCGAUGACGAAGGUGAGGACGCUCUAACCGGGGACACGGACAAGUACCUGCGGCCCCAGGACCUGAAAGAGCUGGGGGACGACUCUCUGCCCCAUGAGGGCUAUAUGGGCUUCAGCAUCGGCGCCCGCUCAGCAAGCCCUAGAAUCAGUUCGGAUAGGUCCAACACGCUCAACCGCAGCUCCUUCGCCCGCGACAGCAUGAUGAUCGAGGAGAUCCUGGCGCCCACCAAGGACACGCUUCAGAGUGUCUGUAAAGACAUUUCCUACCUGGUGGACCCGCUCAAUAAGCACUUGGCCGUGACCCGAGACUACAACUCGGAUUGUAUGCGGCGAUACAGCUGGACUCCGGACAUGGUGGACCACAGCCACAACAUCGCAUCCAGCCCUAUCCACUCCGGGUUCCUGGUCAGUUUCAUGGUGGACGCCCGCGGCGGGUCCAUGAGGGGCAGCCGGCACAACGGCAUGCGCAUCAUCAUCCCGCCCAGGAAGUGCACGGCGCCCACGCGCAUCACCUGCCGGCUGGCCAAGAGGCACAAGCUGGCCUACCCGCCCCCCAUGGUGGAAGGGGAGGGCCUGGUCAGCAGACUGGUGGAGGUCGGCCCGGCCGGGGCUCAGUUUCUGGGUCCCGUCAUUGUGGAGAUUCCUCAUUUCGGUUCCAUGCGGGAGAAAGAGCGGGAACUGAUCGUGUUGAGGAGCGACAACGGCGACACGUGGAGGGAACACCAGUUAGAUUCCACACAAGAAGAACUCUCGGAGCUGCUGACCGGGAUGGAUGAAGAGUUGGACAGCCCCAUCGAGUUGGAGACCAAGCGUAUUUGCCGCAUCGUGACCAGAGACUUCCCCCAGUACUUCGCCGUGGUGUCCAGGAUCAAGCAGGAGUCCAACCACAUGGGACCUGACGGAGGAGUCCUGUCCAGCAGCACCGUGCCUAUGGUCCAGGCCUCCUUCCCACAGGGGGCGCUGACCAAAAAGAUCCGCGUCGGCCUGCAGGCCCAGCCGGUCCCUGAUGAGAUGGUGCGGGCGGUGCUGGGGAACAGAGCCACCUUCAGUCCCAUCGUCACGGUGGAGCCCAGGAGGAGGAAGUUCCACAAACCCAUCACCAUGACCAUACCUGUGCCGCCUCGCUCCGCAGAAGGACAUCCCAGCGGUCGGCGGGGAGACGCCGCGCCGUGUUUGCGAUUGCUGUGCAGCAUCACAGGAGGGACGUCCCCCGCCCAGUGGGAGGACAUCACAGGAACCACACCGCUGUCCUUCGUCACCGAUUGUGUCUCCUUCACCACAAAUGUGUCGGCCAGGUUCUGGCUGGCAGACUGUCACCAGAUUCCUGAGACGGUGAGUCUGGCGUCUCAGUUAUACCGGGAGCUGAUCUGCGUGCCGUACCUGGCCAAGUUUGUGGUCUUCGCCAAGACCAACGAUCCGGUCGAGGCUCGCCUUCGCUGCUUCUGCAUGACGGACGACAAAGUGGACAAGACGCUGGAGCAGCAGGAGAACUUUGAAGAAGUGGCGCGGAGUAAAGACAUCGAGGUUCUGGAGGGCAAACCCAUCCACGUGGAUUGCUAUGGCAACCUGUCUCCUCUCAGCAAAAGUGGGCAGCAGCUGGUUUUUAACUUCUACUCCUUCAAGGAAAACCGUCUUCCUUUCAACGUGAAGAUCAGGGACUUGGGCCAAGAGCCGUGUGGACGCCUUUCCUUCCUGAAGGAGCCGAAAAGCUCCAAAGGUGUCACACAGGCGGCCAUUUGCAAUUUGAACAUCACGCUGCCCACGCACAGGAAGGAUGUGGAGUCUGAUCCUGAUGAUGAGACUGAAAAGCCAGAGCGACGCCAUACCUUUGCCUCCUUAGCUUUGCGUAAGCGCUACAGCUAUUUGACCGACCCUGCAGCCAAAACACCUGAUCGAAGUCCGCAAAGAGCACAGCCUUCUGGCAACCCUCACAAACCUGUCUUUCCAACGAGAUCUUAUCAGGCGUGGUCGCCUGUUCCUGUCGCCGUCGCUGGCCAAGCCAAGUCUGGCUUUGGCUCCCUCUCCAGCUCGUCAUCCAACACGCCUUCUGCCUCUCCACUGAAGUCUGUCUGGUCCAUCAACUCGGCCUCCCCCGUUAAAACAAACAUUACCGGAUCGCCCUCGUCUGUUAAUAAGUCAGUUAGUGACGCGGCCUCCCCCAUCCGCUCUUACAGAACCAUCUCCUCUCCUAUAAAAACUGUAGUCCAGCAGCAUGCUCAGUACCCAAGCCAAGUGGCUCCGAGUCCCCUGGCGUCGCCUGCAAAAAGUGCAGCCAGGACCUCCCCUAUACCCACGUCUGCAGGGGGAGCUUCUCUACUUGAGAGGACAUCAAUAGCCAUGACACCUCCAACAUCUCCCAAAUCGUCUUUAAGUAUGUUCAGUUCACCCCUGGCAUACAAGACCGGUGUGGGGGGAUCCCCCGGUCCGGCAUCGUCGUCAUCCUCACCAAUCAAAACCGUCCCCGGCCUCUCCUCUGUUCGUUCCUUUUCCUCAGAUGCGCCAGGCCCUGCAAGGAACCUCUUCUCCUCUCUGUCGUCACCUCUCAAAUCCAACCCCCCUCAAAGUGCUGCAGCGCUGAUCAAUGGAACAGUGCCGCAAGUGCAGUACCGUUCCUCCUCCCCGACCUCUCUCCUCGCCAGCAGCCUCCAAGAAAGAAUACAAGCAACCACCAACGCUGCAACCACCAGUGUCAACGCAGCAUUUGAUGAGGUUGAAAAAACAUUCAAUUCUUGCUCUGCUGGCUACGGCACCUUAAAGUCUUUGUCCUCGUCUCCUUCGUCCUCGUAUCAGUCCAUUAGAUCCUCAGCUUCUAGUUCCCUUUACAACUCCCUAAGAUCCCCUCCGAGUGCGACCUCUGCUGCAACCUCCGGCACAGUGACGGUUCCAGUGUAUUCUGUUAUAAACGUACUGCCAGAGCCACAGUUUAAGAAGUUGCCAGAGGUGUCCAGGUCAACUGCUGCCAUUCUGUCCCCGCGAAAAGCUGUUCCCCCUGAAAUGAAUCCCCAGGCACAGUCAUCCUUAGCAAGAACUCUUUCCCCAACCAAAUCUUCCCAUCUGUCCUCUGGUUUGAAGUCAAACACAACAUCCCCGUUGUCAUCCAGUCAGGAAAUCCUAAAAGAUGUCGCUGACAUGAAAGAGGACCUCAUAAGAAUGUCAGCCCUUUUGCAGACCGACCCAAGUUCCACAGCCAAUAAAAUGUAUCCGUCUGGUUCAGCAGCAAAGGUAGAAGACGAAGAGCCAUAUAGGAUUGUGGAGAGAGUAAAGCAAGAUCUGGUGAAAGUAAGUGAAAUCCUUACUCAAGACACUGCAAAAGAUUCCACAGCAAGGGGGAGCUUGGACGAUAUCCGCUUCUCAAAAGUACCUGUGGAACAACCACCAAGCAACUGGAGCUAUCCCCCAAGAUACGAGACUGUGGUCCCUCAAGCGAAAGCAAAACCAGUACAAGAUAGAGACUUCAAUCUCUCUAAAGUCGUCGACUACCUGGUCAACGAUGUCGGGAGUAGUUCUUUCUCCAAAAUGCAUACGGUGGAGGAGGGGAAAAGAGAAGGGGAUGGCAAAGAGAAGCAAAAACGUGUCUUGAAACCCACCAUGGCAGUUCAGGAGCAAAAGCUGAAAAUGCCUCCAACAACCAUGCGAGCUUCACCUUCCGACAAAGAACUGAGUAAAGUAGCAGAUGCACUUUUUGGUGCUGACACCGUGCUGGAAUCUCCUGAUGAUAUAUCUCAUGAACAAGAUAAAAGUCCCCUCUCAGACAGUGGCUUUGAGACUAGAAGUGAAAGAACACCCUCUGCCCCCCAGAGUGCUGAAGGCAUGGGUCCAAAGGCCCCCUUUCAGGACAUCCCAGCCCCCCCGAUGAUCACUGAGACAAGGACAGAAGUUGUUCAUGUCAUCAGAAGCUAUGAACCCCCUGAAGAUAGCAAGCAAACUCCAAUGGUGGAAGCAAAUCCUAUCAGAUAUGUUGAUACUGAGUCUAAAGGGUAUCAUAAUCAAGCUACAUACCCCCCAGAGCUGAAUAAGGGAUAUUCAGUAAAAGCUGUCCCUGAUGAAGAUCCUAUGGGUAAAGGCAUACGCUUAAAAGAGGAAACUCACAUCACUACCACCACAAGGAUGGUGUAUCACAAACCGUCUGGAAGUGAAGCAGUCUCAGAGAGGUGCGAGGAAACGAUGUCCGUUCAAGACAUCAUGAAGGCUUUUCAAUCAGGGAAGGACCCUUCUAGGGAGCUCGCUGGACUUUUUGAGCACAAAACGAGCAAUGAAGAAACAUCACAAAGAGUCCUUGAAGACAUCAAACCAAAGGUUGAAAGAAUAAUUGAGGUCCACAUUGAAAAGGGCAAUAAAACGGAACCGACAGAGGUCAUCAUCAGAGAGACCAAAAACCAUUCUGAAAAUGAGAUGUAUUACUACCCGGGAACUAGGAAAGAAGAUUGGGAACCAGAGGAGCCACCUACAUAUCUUGACGCCUCCAGAUUCAACCCCAUGUCACAAGAAGAUAGUCGUCCUAGCUCAGCCCAACUAAUGGCCGAUGAAUCGUAUAAAACCUUAAAAUUGCUUAGCCAGCAAUCUGUGGAGUACAACGAGGAUGAAUCAUCAGAGUUUAGGGGAGGGUCUUAUAAUUUUGCAGAGAAAAUGUUACUCUCUGAUCAAUUUGACCAGUCCCAUCUUGACACUGAGGAACAUGUUAAAGAGAGGUCUCACAUCCACUCACCAGACAGAAGUGAGGGUAGAUCAGGAAGUCCAAGAACAGAAUAUAUAUUUCGCUCGUCGCGAAAUGUGUUUGACGCAUCGGGUAGAAUGGCCGGCGUUGACGACAACUUUGACACAAUGACACUUCUGCAGCAUUCCUCUGAACCUGGUAGCCCGAAGCAGUCAGUCUGGAUGCGUGUAUCAACAGAUGAGACAGACAGAAAGGAGAGAGAACAACUUAUGUACGAGGAAAGAGUAGACAGAACGGUAAAGGAGGCAGAGGAAAAGCUCAGUGAGGUCUCGCAGUUCUUCAGAGAUAAGACAGAGCAGCUUAAUGAUGAACUCUCCUCGCCCGAGAAGAAGUCUCGCAGGCCAGACUUUAGAGAAUCACGAUCGGGGCCCAGUUCUACACACAGUAGCCCAGAGAGAUCAGUGUAUAGAAAUGGAGCCAGUGGGGAAGAGUGGAGCAGAGAAAGACUCAGGGACAGGUUUGGCGCUAGCGAAAGAAAAUGCGCCAGUUUACCCAGCAGCCCAGAGAGGAGAGUACUGCCACAGUAUAGUGACUCAGAUGCCAGAAAACAGGGAGAUUGCAAAUCAAACGCAAGUGAAUUUUCAAAACCUUUUCAAAUGUCUUCAUCCAAAGUCAGUGCGGUGAGGCUUAAGUUCGAACAGGAGGCUCAAAAACAAGGUAGGGUUUCUCAGGUUGGCCCAAAUCCAAAUCCCCCUAUUAGGAAGCUUCACGAAAGUAAGCUACCUGUGUACCAGGUAUUUGCAGGUUCAAACAUUCCAAGCACACCAGACAGUCCAUUAAACCAGAGACGAGCUCUUGAAAGCGAGUCCAGGUUCUCACCCGGGCAACAAUCUAGUGGAAAGACUCCGGAAGACAAGAAAUUAUUCAAAACAUGGGAGAGCCAGGGGUAUGGGACCUAUAAACCUCAAUCUCCUAAAUUAGCUCAUUCAUCAGGCCACGACUCGAUAAAAGAUGACAAUAACAGUGAGUCUCAAAGACAAGAAGCGUCAAAGAAAAUCAUUUACACUGAAUUUGUUGUUAGAGAGAAUCCAAAUAGCAAUGAUGGUCUAAAAAAAAACUCGGAAUCUCAAAUUCCUGUAAGAAAGCCAUCUAAUUCAUCAGAAAAUCGCACAACCCCAUUUUUAAAGUUAGAUGCCUCUGUAGAAUCACAUGAGAAGGAUGGCUCUCGUACGCCGAUCUUAGCUCGAAACCCGAUACAUAGUAGCUUUGAAUCCAACAAGUCUACUUGUGGAUCGUCGGGAAAGUCCACAGACUCAGACUGUAGCCAGUCCAAUAUCACAUGUAACGGACUUGACAGUGACCAAGUAGAGUAUUUGGAUCACGGAGCCCCUGUAGUUAUCACUGAAGGUUUCAAAGAUAUCAAACCUUUACCUGUGUAUGUCAGUAUUCAAGUGGGUAAGCAGUAUGAGAAAGAAACAGCCUCUGGGCAACUGGGAACCUACAAAAAAAUAGUAAGCCAUGAGAGUAGGACAGUACACGAGAGUAGGACAGUUCACGAGACCAGAGGAACGUUCUACAGUGCCAAACAAAAGCAGUCUACAUCUCCACAAGGUAGCCCUGAAGACGACACUCUAGAACAAGUGACAUUCAUAGACAGCUCUAGAAAGAGUCCUGUUACCCCCGAGGCCCCAAGCUCAGAGAAAGUUAGCCUGGCCUCCAGAAUGCCUGACUCUGUGAUAGGCUCCAUGACUGGUAUGCCAAAUCCUAUCCUGGAGGAGUCUGAAGAAGAAGACGGGAAGACCUUUAUCUACAGAGAGACUUUGAGGGACAAAUCCAAGCAACCAUCCUCAGAGAACCACAGUAAGAAACAGGGAGCAGAUCCACACAAGUCCAAAGGGAAAAGAGCUCCUUACAUAGAGUUUCCCCCACCCCCUCCUUUAGACACCGAGCAGUUCGCCCCUGAAAAAAGAAAGUCUUGUGCAUCAUCUGAGACAGAAACAGAGAUGAUGGAAGUAAACCUUCAAGAGGAGCAUGACAAGCAUCUCAUAGCCGAGCCAAUCAUCAGGGUCCAGCCUCCAUCCCCCAUUCCUCCCGGAGCCGACAACAGUGAUUCCAGUGAUGACGAGUCCGUCUUCCAUCCCAUCCCUGUCAAAAGGUACACUUUCAAGAUGAAAGAGGAGGGGGACAAACACUCAAAACCCAAAAGAUCAGAGAAGAAUGAAAAUAAGGAAUCUAGUGUCAAUGGAGUGGUAAAGGAGGAGGAUGUGGACAUGGAACAAAAUGGGAAUGACCAAUCAAUCACUGACUGCUCCAUUGCAACCACUGCUGAGUUUUCCCAUGACACUGAUGCCACUGAGAUCGACUCAUUAGAUGGUUACGAUUUCCAGGAGGAUGACGAUGGACUGAGCGAAGAUCUAAAAACAUCCAGUCUGUCCAACGACGGAAAAGCAGCUGAACGCUCAUUUGGUCAGUCCAAGCUCGAAGUUAUAGAGGAAGAAAAGUGUGAGGAAGGGGGAAAUCAUGGAACUUCUAAAACCAACCCGUCUUCAUCAAAAAGCAGCGGAGAGGAAGACUUUACUGUUGAAGGAAGACACCCAGAAAGGCAGAGCUUCGAUGACAACUACUUUGGCUCCCAACUUGAAGAGGAGCUGAACGCAACUUUCAAAACAGUAGCCACAAAAGGCCUCGACUUUGACCCCUGGUCCACCAAAGGAAGCGAUAAUGAGGGAGUUUACGAUUCCAAAACCAAAGACGAAGACCCUAAGCCCUUUGGUUUGUCCGUGGAGGACAAAUCGCAGGCCACAACACCCGACACAACCCCUGCUCGAACACCGACUGACGAGAGCACACCAACUAGUGAGCCUAACCCCUUCCCUUUCCACGAAGGGAAGAUGUUUGAGAUGACCCGCAGUGGUGCUAUUGACAUGAGCAAGCGGGACUUUGUUGAAGAGAGGCUUCAGUUUUUUCAGAUUGGUGAGCAUUCCUCUGACCCUCUAACAGGGGAAAAGGGGAGAGGGGGCAAGAUCCUGGGUGUAGUUUCCGCUCAGUCAAAAACAGGGGAGAGGGCCACAAUAGAUGGGAAGGUGACGGUUAUAGAUACAACCACAGUCAACAGCAGCAGCACAACACCAGCAGCAACAGCCAAAUGCAGCCCUUCACACCCUGGCAGUGACACUGGCAAUGCUGGUAUCGAAGUACCCUCCUGUGAAGCCAUAGCUGAGACCGCAUCCUCAUGCACAAUAACAGCCUCCAAGGUUGACCCCAAAUUACGCACCCCCAUUAAGAUGGGCAUAGCCGCCUCUAUUACUGUGAAAAAAGACUCAGGGGAUCUUGGGGAUUUUAAAACUGAGAUAUCGGAGGGCCAGGUAGUGUCAGAAUAUAUCAGCAUAGAAGGCCAGUGUACAGAGAAGCAGACCAGUAAAGACACAGAGGCCAAGUCAGAGAAAAGAGAUUACCCCUCUGAAAAUUGCAACAACAACAAUAACCUCGAGUCCUCUAGCAUUCAGGCCAACUACAUUCAGUGCGGCAGUGUAGUGUUCAACCUGCAGUCCUCCUCUGAGCCCACACUUCAGAAAGCAAGCAGGGUAGAGACACUGUGUUGUAGGGAUUUAGAAGAGAAAGUAGAUAUAAGAAGUCAAGUGCAGCAGCAAAGGGAAGCAGUUAAAGACAGUGAAGUGAAGCUCCCCAGAUCCAGGCUUCCAGUGAAAGCAUCGGGGAGAUCGUUGCACACCCAGGGAACAGCCAUAGGCAAGCAGAAGCCCAAACAAGCAGUGGCAAUUGAGACUAGGAAAAGAGGAGCACCAGCCAUUGCCAAAGUAGAACCCAGGUCUAGAAUACCAAUCAAAGACAUUAAAAAGAGCAGUGCCACAGCCACAGUUAGCUCACCUCAAUCAGUCAGGGUUAGAUCACUGCCAACAAGGCCGCUGGGUACAGAAAGAUCAGCCAUUAAGUUGCCCUCAAGGUUACCAUUGAAGGAUAGGCCUCAGGUCAGCAAGGUCUCGAGCCAGAGGGCGUCCAGACAGGAGAAGCCUAGCGAGGUUUGCAAGCGCACCAUUGAAUACUUUAAAGACAUUAGCGGAGAGACAAUAAAGUUGGUGGACCGGCUGUCUGACGAAGAGAAGCAGAAGCAGACAGAUCAGUCGGAGGAAGACAGCACCUCCCGGAGCACGUCUCUGUCAGACACCUCGCAGCCUUCUCAACCUUCCCAGCCCUCCCACUCGUCCAGGUCUGGUAGAGGUUCGAGGGCUGAGGCCGGGGCCCCGUCCGUAGGGGCAAAGGUGGCGACGACGGACAGGGCCUCUGGCAGUCAGAGGAGCAGGAGGAGUAGGCGGACUGGUGGGAAGGAGGGCAGUCAGGGACUCGCAGGGUCUCGAACACCUCCCAUCGCAGAGAUCAAGCCUAGUCCCCAAAGCCCUUGUGAGCGAACGGAUUUGCGUAUGGCCAUCGUAGCAGAUCACCUGGGGCUCAGCUGGACAGAACUGGCUCGGGAGAUGAACUUCACCGUGGACGAGAUCAACCACGUCAGACUGGAGAACCCCAACUCACUGACAGCACAGAGCUUCAUGCUCUUAAAGAAGUGGGUCAGUCGCGAAGGGAAAGACGCCACAACGGACGCCUUGACUGCAGUGCUGACCAAAGUCAAUCGGAUGGAUAUUGUCAAUUUGCUGGAGGGCCCGAUUUUUGACUAUGGUAACAUUUCCGGCACGAGGUGUUUUGCCGAUGAUCGCACGGUUUUCCGGGAUCAGGCUGACGAUUAUCACAGCAUUCUAGCUGAGUUGCAUUCCCCCGCUGCGCUCCACUUCGAGCCUCAUUUCCUGUCGCCCCAACUUCCUGUCACACCCAGCCCUUCUCCCGUCCACCACCGGCAUCCACAGCCCCAACCCUGGACCCUGAAGGUAGAUCCAGGCAGCCCACUUAGACCGUGUCAGCUGGACCUAUCCGUCCCGGUCUUUGAGCUCCCCAGUCCUGUCCCCUCCAAGGUGCGGAAGCCCCACAUCGCCCUCAACGACCAGCUGCUUUUGAGCGAAGACGAGGACCGGUUUUACCAAGACAUGAAGCCGCCGAGCCCCAAGGCCAAGUCGCACCCUGUCCUUGCCAUGUGUUGGCCCAGUGAAUCUUCCAGCGUCAACGUGGAGCCGCCCACGCCAGGCCGCAGCGUCGGCUCCGAACUGCCGGACAGGCGGGAAAGCCACGAGAUCUCUAGUGACUCCAUCACGUCCUCGUCCAGAGGGGACCCAGGGAAGUCCCGGCACAACGGGGAAAACUCCAAGAACUCACCUCAGGACGCCUCGUCGGAGUCGGCCAACGGCAGAAAAGAAGAAGGAGCGCUGGUGUCGGAGAAGAAAGUCCAGCAGCGUCUUGGUUCAGAUUCAGGCUCUGAAGAAGAACAGACUGUAACUACCAGGAUCUUCAGACGACGUAUCAUUUUAAAGGGCGAGGAAGCCAAAAACUUAACAGGCGAGUCUGUGACGGAGGAGCACUACUUCGACGACGACGGGAACCUGAUCAGUCGAAAAGUCAUCAGGCGGGUCAUUCGCCGGAUGUGCGCGUCCACCCCGGACCAGAGUCCGGUCCUGCAGGACCACGGGCCCGAGAAGGAAGGCGGGGCGAGGACGAGCCGGCGAAAUGAGGACAAGAGGCCGGGAGACAGGAAGUUUCACUCAUAGGAGGCGUGCUCACCUGCCAGCCACGCGGGGAUCAUAGUCCAUGGUCAGGUCUUACCAAGGACUGGGGGGGUUGGGGGGUGGAUGGCCAAGACUCCAGCCAGGAUCUGCUUCCACCAACACGGGUCGACGCCCCCCUUCCGGUCCCGACUCGCUCCCAGUCCAUCACACAUCGCCCGGGAGGUCGCCGCGCCAAACUCCUCCCCUUUCCUGCGGCCCCCGUGGGACUUUGGCGCCAGCGAAGACGACACGAGAGCGCAUGAAGACGUCACACUUUCAACACCGGCCUUAUGCUUUCUUUCUUCAGCCCACCUUUCGCUUCCUUUUUUUUAGACUUUCUGUCCAAGGAGGCAGCAGGUGGACACUUCUUAAAUACCACUGGUCUUGGGUCUUUUCCACUUUUAAAGCUUGGAGUGUAACAUAGAGCUGUAUAAAUAAUCUUUCUACAUGGGGGGGGUGGGGACGGUUUGAUUUUACCUUUUUGAAUUUCCAGUGUUCCCACAGCGGGGGAUUCUAAUCCUGCGAGCCUUUCUGCAGACUAUUUUCCACGCAUGCCCUCCACGUUAUUUUAAGUACAAUUUCUACCAGUUUGCAAACACGCCCUUUUAACUGUAGUCCUGUCAAGGAUCUAUAUUUCAAUAACCAUUCAUGCAUUUAUCACGUUGGGGUCAAGGGUACAAAUUAGCUUCCUGGCGGGGGUGUGUGUGUGUGUGUGUGUGUGUGUGUGUCUAGGGACAGCGUGGCGCAGUGGGAGAGUGGCCGUGCGCAACCCGAGGGUCCCUGAUUCAAAUCCCACCUAGUACCAACCUCGUCACGUCCGUUGUGUCCUGAGCAAGACACUUCACCCUUGCUCCUGAUGGGUGCUGGUUGGCGCCUUGCAUGGCAGCUCCCUCCAUCAGUGUGUGAAUGUGUGUGUGAAUGGGUAAAUGUGGAAGUAAUGUCAAAGCGCUUUGAGUACCUUGAAGGUAGAAAAGCGCUAUACAAGUACAACCCAUUUAAAUGUUGAAUGUAAGAAAAUUUUAUUUUGAGGAUAAAAAGGUGUUAAGUUUGUACACUUUUAGACACGUUAUUUUAAGUACAAUUUCUACCAGUUUGCAAACACGCCCUUUUAACUGUAGUCCUGUCAAGGAUCUAUAUUUCAAUAACCAUUCAUGCAUUUAUCACGUUGGGGUCGAGGUACAAAUUAGCUUCCUGGCAGGGUGUGUGUGUGUGUGUGUGUGUGUGUGUGUGUGUGUGUGUGUGUGUGUGUGUAGAGCGAAAUGUUGAAUGUAAGAAAAUUGUAUUGUGAGGAUAAAAGGUGUUAAGUUUGUACACUUUUAGACACGUUAUUUUAAGUACAAUUUCUACCAGUUUGCAAACACGCCCUUUUAACUGUAGUCCUGUCAAAGAUCUAUAUUUCAAUAACCAUUCAUGCAUUUAUCACGUUGGGGUCGAGGGUACAAAUUAGCUUCCUGGCGGGGGUGUGUGUGUCUGUGUGUGUGUGUAUGUGUGUGUCUAGAGCGAAAUGUUGAAUGUAAGAAAAUUGUAUUGUGAGGAUAAAAGGUGUUAAGUUUGUACACUUUUAGACACGUUAUUUUAAGUACAAUUUCUACCAGUUUGCAAACACGCCCUUUUAACUGUAGUCCUGUCAAGGAUCUAUAUUUCAAUAACCAUUCAUGCAUUUAUCACGUUGGGGUCGAGGGUACAAAUUAGCUUCCUGGCGGGUGUGUGUGUGUGUGUGUGUGUGUGUGUGUGUGUGUGUGUGUGUGUGUGUGGCUCGAGGAAUGUAAGAAAAAUGUAUUGUGAGGAUAAAAGGUGUUAAGUUUGUACACUUUUAGACUGUGAGCGUCCAAAUUUGACUAAAGUAAGGGCAUUUUUCCCUCCUUCAUUCAGGUUCCACUAUAAGAUUGUUGGUAGCUCUCAAUACUCAAAUAAACAACAACACACUGGAUGGGAGAAAAAUGUUCAAGCUGAUGCUGCGUGGAGCUUUUAAUGUCUUUUGGUUUCACGCUACGCUGAUGUCCCCCGCAGUGGACAUUAGUGACAUUAUGGAGUUCUUCAUGAUCACGAGGGCGACGCCAUCCUUUGGUGACAACUAUGGUGUUCCACAACCUGUUUUCACCCAAAAGGAGUUUUUGAUGUACAAAUCUUUACUAACGAGAGUGAAGCCAUUCAGAUGUAAUAAUGAUUCUAGCACUUUGGUUACCUUUUAGAGGAUAUAGCAGCGACGACCACCGUAUUGUUUCAAGAAAAAAAAUCAAAAUGAACCUUAAAAAAAAAAGGACAAAAUAAAAAUUUGCAUUGAUUUUUGCAAAA